AUGCCUCCUCCCGUCCAAUCCGCCUACAAACGCAUCAAAGCGCCCAAGCUUGGCGAGAAUGGCUUCUCUGGGUUCCAGCCGGGAAAGACCGAAGUCCUUCCGAGCGGAUGGAACGGAUUCAAUGCGAAACCGUUGAAGAGCCCAAUUCGCGUUGACCACGAUGUCGAGAUUGUCGUGCGUGACGGCUGUCGACUCUACGCGGACAUCUACCGACCGGCCGACCAGACGGGCAAAAUUCCGGCCGUGUUGAGCUGGUCAUUCUAUGGCAAGAAGUACAGCGCGCUGGACAUGCUCCCCAUGUGUACAUGGAACUGCUGUGUUCCGCGGUCCGAUCUCAGCGGUCUCGAAAAGUUCGAGGGCCUGGAUCCCCAGACCUGGUGUCCACAAGGGUAUGCCAUCGUGAGCGUCGAUACCCGUGGCGCAGGCAAUAGCGACGGGCUCAUAAACGUCAUGGGCUCCCAGGACGCUGAGGAUGGAUACGACGUCGUGGAAGCGAUCGCUGCUAUGGACUGGUGCAAUGGGUCCAUCGGUAUGGCCGGUAAUUCAGCGCUGGCAAUUUCGCAAUGGUUCAUUGCCUCACAGCAGCCCCCAUCGCUAAAGGCCAUCGCACCAUGGGAAGGAUCUGGCGAUAUCUAUCGUGAACAGUUCUGUCGUGGCGGCUGGUUUUCGAUGAGCAAUUUCGACCUGAUCACGAAUGAGAUCGUCCGUGGACCCGAGGGUUCCGGAAUAGAGGACUUUGAGGAGAUGUACCGUCGGUCGCCAGUCUCAAGUGCCUUCUGGGAAGACAAGAGAGCCGAGAUUUCAAAAGUACAGUGUCCAGUUUAUAUCCGCGGAUCGGAUGUCAGCUCGAUUCACACGAUGGGAUCCGUUCGCGCGUGGUUGGAGCUGCCGCACGAGCAGAAAUGGAUUCGCUGGGGCAGUAAACAAGAGUGGUACGAGCUCUACUCAUGUCCUGACUCUAUGGAUGAACUUUCUUUGUUUUUCGAUCGCUACCUGAAGGGCGUCCAGAACGAGUGGGAAAAGACACCGAGGGUUCGGUGGUCAGCGCUGCAGUUUGGCGAUCGGGAGGCUAUUGACGAUAUUGUUCUCGGUGACUUCCCAGUGCCUAACACUGAGUACCGCAAACUCUUUCUUUCAAAUGAUCAACUCGGCUCUAAUCCAGCAUCUGACUAUCACACGGUAUCUUACAAUUCCGAGGACACUUCCAGCUUCGCCGAAUUCUCCUACACUUUCGACAAACCAUCCCGACUCAUUGGGUUACCCAAAGCUGUCUUAUACAUGUCCUGUGAGGAUCGAGAUGACUUCGUCGUGUUCGUUAUUCUGCGGAAGAAGGACAAAGAUGGCAAGCCUCUCAUGCACUUGAACUUUCCCAUCCAUGCGACUCCAGUCGACGCCAUCGAUGAGAUUCCGAAGGCCGACCAGGCGAGCCUUAAUCUCCACCUGGGAUCGAUGGGCGUUCUGAGGGCGUCCCAUCGCGCAUUCGAUGAAUCCAAGAGUAUUCAUCCACAAUUCCCAUUCCAUCCGCACACAAAACAGGAGAAGGUGAACCCAGGCACCAUUGUGAAAUUGGAGAUUGGUAUCUGGGCAAUGGGCGUUGACUUUGACGCUGGUGAAUCGAUAAGCCUGCGGGUCUCUGGUCAAUUUCCCAGUAUCGCAGAAUAUAAGACCUGGUCGAAGCCGCGCCCGGAACAUGAGUUGAAUAAGGGGAAGCAUGUGGUUCACUGUGGCGGGGACUAUCCCAGCUGUCUCAUCUUGCCAUUUACCUAA